AUGUGCACUCAUUUAUAAUCUGGAUAAGAGUCUUAGAGUUUAAUUGUGAUAUGUGAAAAUGAAGACUGUCAUUAUAAAUAUCAUCCACAGUGUAUGAAAUGCUCUUUUAAAAUAUGUUAAAAACAUCUUAAUGAGCUAAUUACAGGUGAAAAAAAGAUUAUAGAUUUAUUUAAUUAACUCUAAUUAAAAUAUGAAUAAAUGGAGAAGCUAGCAUUCAAUCUAAAUUAAUCUAUAAACAAAUGUUUAACAAAAAUACUCUCGCAUAGUAGAUUAAUUUUAAAUUAAAUUCAAUAAUUUAUUGAUAAUGGUUUAUUCUAAGAUGUUAUUCCUCUUAAUUUUAAUAUUGAUUAUAUAUUAGAUAUAUUAGAUGAAAUCAACAAAGAGAUUUAAAAUAAAUUUUAAUAGAUAGAAGUAUAUAUAUAUGAGUUAUCUAAACCUUAAAACCUUUAUUAAUAGAAGCAAUCAAAAAUUUAUCAAAAACGCUCUAUUUUAUUUGAAUAAGAAGAUCAUUUAUAAUUAUCAUUAGAAGCUAUUAAUAUUAGUUUGAAUAUGAAUUCUUUAUCAUUAUUUUCUAUUUAUUAAAAAGGUUGUAAUAUUAAUAUUUUUUUAUAUAGGAAAUAUUCUUUUUAAAUAGAAUCAAUUUGAAGAGUCAUUGAAGUAUUUGUUAAAAGUUUUCUUUUUAAGCAAACAAUCAAAAAAAAAAGAAUUAAAAUUUUAAAUUUACAUAACACUAUGUAUUGUAUAUAGCUAUUUUAGAAGAAAAUUGUUUGUUUAAAAUGAAAUAAUAUAAUUAUUUGAUAAAUUUAUCAAACACGUACUAAAAAGAAUUUGAUUAUAAUAAUGUUUCCAUGUUGAAAUGUAAGAAUUAUUAAUAAGCUUAGCAUUUGCCUUAUUUAAUUAAAUGUAAUAUGAAUAAGCCCUUAAUAGUUUAAAUGAAAUAAAAAUAGAUAAAAUAAACCAUGUCGAAGCUUCAAAAUUUAAAGGUAUUUAUAUAAUAAUAUAUUUAGAUAUAUGCGAAUAGGCAUAAAAAAGUAUAAAGGAUUAAAAAGAAAAAUCUAAUAUUUCUUUUUAAUAAGAAAUUUUACAAAGUUCUAUAUCACAUAGUUCUUAGAUCAAACAAGGAAAAAAAAAUUCUGAAAUAGAAAUUUAAAAUACCUAAACAAAUUAAAUUGGAACUAUAGUAAAUUUAUUUAAAUAAACUCUUUUUAAAUUGGCUACCAUUUUAUUUGAGUAAGAUGAUGAAAAAUGUGCCUUCCUUUAAUAAAAUAAUUUAUUUCUCUUAGAAAUGAAAGGGAAGUAUAAAAUUUAAUAAAUUUUAGUAAAAUCAGUAUAGUUGAUCAUUAAAAUGCUCACAUAAUAGUAUAUUUUUUUAUUUUUCAAUAGGAAAGCUAAGUUAAUUUUUAUAAAGUGAAUAGAAUUUCGCCAAAUCAGGGCUGA